AUGUUGUUUGUUCGUGUUCUCAUCAUUUUCUGUGCUUUGUGCACUUCAACUGAAGGCGAAACCUAUGCUAUCGUAAACAAGCUAAAAUCGGAUCUUUUAAAAAACUACACGACGACAACUCGUCCGGUCAUUGAUCAGAGAAAACCUAUACAAGUCAUCGGCGAAAUAGUAUUCGGUCGUGUCCAAGAGCUUGAUAUUGUAGAAGGCAUUUUGAUUUCUCAUCUAAAAUUCCGUGUGAAGUGGAAAGAUGAAGUUAUGAGAUGGAAUCCAAGAGAUUAUGAUAAAACCAGAAGUAUUCACAUGUCAUUCAGUGAUGUUUGGGUACCAGCUAUCAAAAUUCACAACGCCGCAGAGAAAUCAAACUUAAUGGAGGAUCAAAGAGAGGUGCUACUCGUUAACUAUCAAUUUGAUGGACGUGCAAUUAUUGAGUUCAAUACAAUAAUUAAGUCGUUUUGUAAGCCUUUCGUCAAAUAUUUUCCGUAUGACCAACAUGACUGUCAUAUUAUUUUCAUCCCGGUGGGACAUGUUGGAGGACGUGUUGUGCUGGUCCCAUCUAAAUCAAGCAGCGCACAACAAUCGCAGAAUGGAUUCUGGGAUGUGUCUGUGUCAAAUCUGACGAUGAAAGCAUUUCAUAAUAAAAACGACAAAGUCCUCUACCUCGGAAUAACUUUGAAACGGCAACCGCGAUUUCUUGUCAUAAACAUGUUUGUUCCGGUUGUGCUCCUACAGUUUGUAAUGUUUUUUGUAUUUGUUCUACCAGCAAACUGUGGUGAGAAGGUAUCAUUUUCCAUAACAGUUGUUCUGUCAAUGGCGGUAUUCAUGACUAUUGUAAUGGAUGAGUUGCCUCCGAUAUCAGAAGGUCUUCCUGUAGUUAGCCUGUUUCUUUGUAUCAAUCUUGCUAUUAAUGUCAUUGUUUGUGUGGCAUCAGUAUUAUCUGUUGGCUAUAUUCAUCGAAACGACACGGAACAAAUCCCACUAAUUCUUCGGCUUAUGUCAAUGAUGAUGAAUCUGAAAAAAUACAGAACUUCAAACGCUGUUACUGAAAAUGUUUUAGUUGAGACAAGUACAGAUGUUAAUGGAAAAGACAGAAACCCAAACAGCAUUAACGAAAGGGUUACUGAGAAACCAGUACUAACAUGGGUUGUCCAGGAGAAUGCUCGGCCCCAUGUAGCGAGGAUCUGUCUCGACUUUCUCACUAACAACAAUAUCCGCCCACUGGACUGGCCGCCAUACAGCCCCGACCUAUCCACUAUUGAGUACGUGUUGGACCAGCUGAAUAGACAGGUUCGACGAUGCAAGCCUCCUCCUGUUACUCUGGCCUAA